GUACAUAAAAUGAUGAGAGUUUGUUGUGUGUGCUCUGAGCUUGUAAAUACUUUGCUCACCGGAUGAACUGGUUUCAGGUAUGAAUGUAAGCCUCAUCAACACUCACAUUUGAAAUGAGUACAGAAGUGGUUGGUAAAACAGGAACAACCCUCGGUGACAAAUCAUUGUUUCUGUCAGUGACUGCUGAACGCGUUCCAGUGGAGGGAGGUCCGGUUUGAGUUGUGGUUGUGACAUUCAAAACUGUCACAAGUUCCAGUUUUUUAAAUCAGAUGCGUUUCGCCACGUGUGAAACAAUGUGACCACCAUGUUUAGAGUGAAAAAGCAACGGGAUUCAUCGUCGUGUGUGGAGAAAAUCCUAAGUUUUUACCGGAAUGGCAAACCGUGAACGCAACAAAAAGAUCCUGCUGGAGCUAGUGAAGCUGGCUGGAAACAGCAGGUGCGCGGACUGCGGCGCGACCGAGCCAGAAUGGGCGUCCUACAAGCUGGGUGUGUUUGUGUGUCUGAAUUGCUCUGGCAUCCAUCGCAGCCUGUCCAGUCGGGUCAAAUCCAUAAAGCUGGACUUCUGGGAGGAGCCACUAGUGGAGUUUAUGAAAUCCAACGGCAAUGACAUCGUUCAGGCAGAGUAUGAGAAAGCUGUUCCACCGUAUUACUAUCGUCCCCAAGAAAGUGACAGUGUUGUCUUAAAAGAACAGUGGAUACGCGCCAAAUAUGAAAGGAUGGAAUUCACAGGAGAAACCAAGUAUCCACCUAUUUCAUACACAACAGGUUUCUAUGAGGGGAUGCUGUGGAAAAAAGGAAAAGAAAAAACACAGUUUCUAAAGAGGAAGUUUGUACUGUCAGAGAGGGAUUUCACCCUGACUUACUACAACAAGGAAAAUGAAUCCAAAGGCCCUAAAGCUGUGAUCGCCAUCAAGGACCUAAAUGCCAACUUCCAACCAGAGAAGAUCGGCCAUCCUCAUGGGCUUCAGAUCACCUACCAAGACGUCGAUCACACUAGGAACAUCUAUGUUUACCAUGAGAGUCCUGAGGAAAUAGUCACAUGGUAUAACGCUAUUCGUGCUGCUCGCUAUGCCUACCUGAAGACAGCGUAUCCGACUGGAAGCGAUGAAGAACUGAUACCAAAGAUAACGAGAGGCUAUCUUAAAGAGGGAUUCAUGGAAAAGACUGGGCCCCUGCAAAAGGAGUCAUUCAAAAAGAGGUGGUUCAUGUUUGACUCUCAAAACAGAAAACUGUUCUACUACAAGGGCCAGCUGGAUGCAGAGGAGUUAGGCGUUAUAUUCAUUGGCACAGAAAGCAAAGGAUACUCUGUGAAGGAGUGCAACCCAAAACACACUCGGGGGAACAAAUGGAAGUUUGGCAUUCUAGUGGAGACGCCUGCGCGACAGUUUGUCUUCAUGUGUGAGCGGGAGAGGGAGCAGAAGGAGUGGCUGGAUGCUCUGAGACAGGUCCUGUCCAGGCCCAUGGCACCGCAGGAUUAUACCAUUGAGGCCAACAUUAAGCAUAAAAAAUGAACUACAGAGCGGUUUAACAACAGGAUGGAGAGGAAACUCCGGAGCAUGAAAACUCAAGUGACAGAUCUCCUGUCGCACAAGAGAUGAACUGCUCACUUUAUUUGUUCCAUCACUGACUCCCAUCUUUGUGACUGACUGUUAUCCGUGCCACAGCCUGGAACACAGACCUUCAUCAACUCACUUAUUGCUGACAUUGCAUUUGAUGCUAAGUCUUGGACCUUGGGAAAAACACUGCAUCAUUUUGUAAAAACCAGUCAUGUGCACAAACAUACACCCCAAUGUUAUAUUGUAAGUGAUGUAGUCACUGCGGAUCAUUGUGCUGUAUUUAUUUCUAAAUCUUUUUAAAAUAAAUUUAUACCAGUGUCAUGAAUUUGCAUUUUGUUGAAACAUGUUGCAUGGCAGUGAACCCUUAAAAAAUGAAUAACUUGAAAAAUAAAGUUUUGUUGAAUUCAUA